AAGAAAGAAAGAAAGGUGCGCAAUGCGCAUCCCAGCGCUUUAUAGCGUAGCGGAUUAUGAGGAAGAAGCUUUCAAGAUAUGAGUCCUUCUCUAGCACCGAGCAGCCCCAACCAACCACAUUGGUUCUUACAGACAGCUUCAACUUUCUUCUCCAUGGUGAUGAACCCUCUUCCGAAUUAGGGUUCAUUGGUUUAAUUAGGGCUUUUCAUAAUCAUGGCUUCCCUUUGCCUUUCUAAUCCUACUUUCGCCACUCCUUUCCUCGGGAAGAAAAUUUCUUUUCGUGGAAACUCAAAUAAGACUUAUGCCUUUGUGCAACUAAGACGCACUAGAUGUGCAGUGGAUACACCUUUAGGAGGUAAUGUCCCAAAUUUUCCUCGGACUAGGGUUUGGGAUCCUUAUAAACGUCUUGGUGUUAGCCGUGAUGCUUCUGAGGAAGAGAUAUGGGGAUCACGCAAUUUCCUCUUGCAGCAGUACUCCGGACAUGAGAGAAGUGAGGAAUCAAUAGAAGCCGCCUUUGAGAAAAUACUCAUGGCCAGCUUCCAGCACAGGAAGAAAACAAAAAUUAAUCUGAAGACCAAGUUGAAGAAGCAAGUAGAGGAGUCCCCACCAUGGGUUAAGAACUUGUUGAGUUUUGUGGAACUUCCCCCUGUUGAUGUUAUUUUAAGAAGGUUGUUCCUCUUUGCAUUUAUGGCUGGUUGGAGUAUUAUGAACUCAGCUGAAGCUGGACCUGCUUUUCAGGUGGCAAUCUCAUUAGCGGCGUGCAUAUAUUUCCUUAAUGAAAAGACAAAGAGCUUGGGAAGAGCUUUCAUUAUAGGAUUUGGUGCUCUGGUAACUGGUUGGGUAUUGGGCUCUAUUUUGGUUCCAAAUAUUCCAUCAAUUCUCUUACACCCAACAUGGACACCCGAACUCGUAACCUCACUAGUAGUAUAUGUAUUCUUAUUUCUUGGUUGCACUUUUCUCAAGUAGUGGUGGAACUUUUUGUCAUAUGACUCGGAAUAUUUGUUUCCCUUACGCCACAAAUUGAAUCAAAGUUGAGCUAACACUUUUUUUA